UUUCUCUCUCCUCCACCCAAAGAAACCACCCACGCUCCUUUAUAAUCUUCGCCCGGUUCCUCUCCAUACGGAGACAUAAACUCAUAUUACAACUCUUCAAUCUACCGUUCAAUUAAUCGCAUCUCGAAAGACAAGACCAACGCUUCCCAACAAUGCUCGAUAAACUCGUCGGUUUCGCCAUGCUUGUGGCCGCAUCCGUCAUCUUCCUCUACUACACCAUCUGGACCCUUCUCAUGCCCUUCGUCGACGACGACCACCCCCUCCAGAACCUCUUCCUCCCCCGCGUCUGGGCAAUCCGCAUCCCCGUCAUCCUCCUCCUCCUGGGCUCCGCCGUCGUCGGCUCCUUCGUCGGCAUGGUUAUGAUCCGGAGCAACCAGAAGAAAGCCGCAAAGGCCAAGGCCGCUGCCAAGAAGAAGGCGUAAAGAAGAAGAAGAAGAAGAAAGAAAAACAUGAAUGCCGUUACAUGUAUAUGUGCCCAUGUGCGAAAUGGGCGCCGUCAAUGUAUGCAGGGGUAAUUUUGGGUGUUAGAAGUGGCCGUAGCAAUCAACAUUAAUAGUGCCUUUGCAACAUCAUGUACGAACUCGGGUGCGCAUAUAAGCCUUGUACGACAGAGAGAGCUUCAAUCACAAUGACCGGGAACAGAAUAUAGAGGGAAAAGAGGCGACAAUGGUUUGGGUAUCUCGAGUGUGGUGUCUAUUCAGUAAUGGGGUGCAACAGGAGCUGCUAAACUAAAGAGAUGCUACCUAUAGAACAUAACAGGAACAUGCAGCCGUACA